ACGUCAAAAUUGUCACGACUGACAAUUCAAAUUCAAAAAUGUAGUUUCGGUUAAAUUAAAAAUAAAAAAAAAUAAAUAAAACAAAAACAAUGCCAAAAUUACUCGUGACUAUCGAAGAAGGCACACUGCGCGGCAAAAAAUCAAAAACCUACCUCGGAGAAACGUUCCACAGUUUCUUGGGAAUCCCCUACGCCGAACCCCCGAUCGGGCCGCUGCGCUUCAAAGCCCCGGUCCCCAAACGCCCAUGGCAAGGUAUACGAAACGCCACCAAAGAAGGCCCAGCGUGCCCUUCACCUCACAUGUUUUUCCAGUUCUACGUAGGUUGCGAAAACAACUGUCUGAACCUAAACGUAUUCACGAAAAAUUACAGUACGUUGCGACCGGUCAUGGUGUGGAUACACGGCGGCGCUUUCCUCAUGGGCAGCAACACCAGGGCGGUCUUCGGGCCUGACUACCUCAUGUCCGAAGACAUAGUCCUGGUCUCAAUCAACUACAGACUCGGAAUACUGGGCUUCCUGUGCCUGGAGGACCCCUCCCUGGGCGUCCCGGGCAACGCAGGCAUGAAAGACAUGGUCCUGGCCCUGAAAUGGGUCCAAAGGAACAUCGCACACUUCAAAGGCGACCCGAAAAAUGUGACCAUUUUCGGCGAAAGCGCCGGCUCGGCUGCCGUCAAUUACCUAUGCUUGUCGCCCUUAAGUAAGGGACUUUUCCACAAAGCCAUCGCCCAGAGCGGCUCACCCUUGAACUACUGGGCCUGCGGUUCCAGAAACGCAAAAACUGUUGCCCAAUUCUUACGUUUUAAUGACCCUAGCGAGGAAAAACUUUUGGGGUUUUUGCAAAAAUUGUCGGCGAAAAAAAUAGUAAGGGCACAGUUUCAGAUCAAAAAUUGCGAAGCUAUGGCCCCUGAUCAAGUGGCUGUGUUCGGCCCAGUGGUGGAGAAACCAUCGGACGAACCGGCGUUUCUCCCGGAACCACCGAUCGAGAUUUUACGCAAGGGCAGCUUCAACAGUGUCCCUUUAAUCAUCGGGUACACGAGUAGUGAAGGGAUUUUGUACCAGCUGGCAGUUAGGCUUUUCAAAACGCGGCCGGAAGUCGAUUUCGGGAAGGAAAUUCCGUACGAUUUGAAAAAAACGCAAGAGUUGGCCCUCAAAGUACGGAAAUUUUACUUCGGUGAGGGAGAAAUUUCGCGGAAUGGCGACCAAAUGGUCACACUCAAGACUGACAAUAACUUCGUCCAUGGGAUUCACCGACAGAUCGCCUACAUGAAAACGGCCAACAAAGCGCCGAUUUUUCUCUACCGCAUGUCACUUGAGACUAGCAUUAAUUUGAUCAAAACCUUGUGUACCACAAAAUGCCCCGUUUGUUCCUUCCUUUGCUUGUUUUUUUCCUACAAGUGCUGCACGUCAGGUCAUUGCAUUAGACGUGCGUUCCCCAAAAAUCAAUUGAGUGGUGUUUGUCACGGUGAUGAUGUUUCCUACUUGUUCAAAUCGUUCGCCUCACCUCGCCUCAAAAAAGGCAGCAUUGAGGAAAUUUCCAUCAGACGUUUCGUCAAGUUGUGGACGAAUUUCGCAAAAACCGGGCACCCGACGCCGGUUAAAACCGAGCUGGUGGACGUGCUCUGGACGCCGGUGACGCCCGACUGUGAUUUUUUUCUCGACAUUGGGCGAGAGCUCAAGAUGGGUAAGAACCCGGAUUGGGAGCGAAUGCAGUUCUGGGACCGUUUUUACCCUAAUUAG